AUGUCUGCAAUGUCUCCCUGCAUCAAAUCAACGGCAUGUGCAUGCUCCCAAAUAUAUAAGUGUCGUUUUUCUUGCCGUCUUUCUUGUCGUCCUUGUUGUCUCAUGUUUCAAAACAAGUUCCUUCACUCUCUUUUCAUUGUUCUCAGUAUUCCGUGGGACAUUCUCGUUGUGACUCUUCGCUACUACAUUUUCGGUGGCCUCAACUACAGAAAAUAUGAGUCCAGCUUGCUCAAUUGCAUCAAGAUGAGAGUGCUUAAAGCUUCUUUGGCAAUUGACAUGGAGUACUCCUAUCUACUUGCUCCUUAUAGCAACGGCUUUUUGAUCCGGUGGAUGCUUCCUAUGUUUUGCUCCACUCUUGUGAAAGAUCUUCCAGGCUUGGGGUACCAGUACGACGAGAAUUCAUUGUGGUUGGUCAAGCAGAGCCAAAGCACUAAGACAGAUCCGGUGAUCAUCUAUGCCCACGGCGGAGGCUAUUUCAUCCAGACAAUCAUCACACAGCUCAAGUCCAUUCUUGCUGUCUUCCAUUUGCUCGAGCCGGAAAUUAAAAGCAAGACAUCCAUUUUGUUUUUGGACUACAAGCUUGUGGGAGGUGGCCAUCCCUUUCCAACACAGUUGGAGCAGCUUCAUGCCACGUACUGCAGACUUUUGGACGACGGAUACUCCAACAUUCUGCUUAUGGGCGAUUCUGCCGGCGGCCAUCUUUCGGUAUCGUACACUCAGUAUUUGAAAAGCUUAAACCGGCCAGUGGAGUAUCCGAAAAACCUCAUUUUGAUCAGUCCGUGGCUCAAUGUGGCCCCUCAGCCCAACGAACUAGUGAAGGGCCGCUCUUGGAUCGACAACAAAGACUACGACUUGAUCCACUACUCUCGCUACGCCCAUAUUGAAAACCUUGCGACGAUCUUUGGGGACGUGGAUCCUUUUUCGUUGGUUCACGGGAUUAUGGCCAAAGUUCCGAAACAGAGAAGCGACUGGGACGACAUUCCCAACUACUCCAACAAGGACUACCACACGUUUUUGAUUUUUGGCGAACACGAGAGCUUUAGAGACGACAUUUUGGAGUGGGCCAAGUAUGCCUUUGAUCUUCCGUGGUACGAGGCUGUUACAUAUGGCAAUCUGCACAAGCUUUUCUCUCGCCAGCACUACGAGUUCAAAAGACGCAACAAAGAUGGGAAUGCCAGUCUCACCGCUUACGUUGAGCCGCUUGGGGUGCAUGACUCUAUGCUUUUUUUUGAAGAUGGAGUGGCGGAUCAGAUUGCCGACAAUAUUAGAAGCGGCCGGCCAAAUCUGGCGGACGACGUUGAUCCUGUGCGGUACUUUGGUGUUGUUCGUCUUGCAAACUUCUUGAACGAAACGUUGUGA